ACUAUAGAUGCAAAAUCUGAAUCAGGAAAAUCCAAAAAUACUUUAUUAGUUUAAAUGAAACAAAACUUUUCAACACGUACUGUUAAGACUGUGGAACAUUCAAAUUUGUUUCAUAUAUCUGUUUUUUAGUGUUAGUUAGGGAAAUGUCUGACGAUUCAGGAUUUGAUCUCUGUGAAUGCAUACAGUCGCAUGAUGGUGCUAUGAGAAGAUUAUUAGGAAUACUGAGACAGACUCAGGAGUAUUGCAGCGAUAGCUCUUGUGUCGACGAUUUAUCACCAGUGCCACAAGGGAAUCAGGACCCAAUGUCUGGUACUUAUAUGAUGACAUUUGUCGCCUUAUUGGCCGUUUUUGCUGCAAUUUUAUUUGGUGUGCCACGCUUUCGUUCUUCUGAUGGCAAGCCGCGCAACAAUUUCCAGGGGUCAAAUCGCGAACCACCAGCAAUCUCCUAAGUAGAGAGAGAGACGUCUGAUCUUAAGACAACUGUGAUUCUUCCUUUCUUUUCCCAUUUUACGUUUUCACUAUAAAAAAAGUAAAGACGUAAGACGAUAGAGAGGAGACAGGAAGAACAAGCCAGCCCCCCCCUUUGUCCCGCAAACACAACACUUUCAAUAUCGAAUAUGUUGCCAUUUUGUUGUUUGUUUUGUUCUGUUUUUUUAUUAAUUUGAAAAGUUUUUUUUAAAAAUUUAAAUAACGAAGGAGAAGAUUUUGUUUUGUUUUCUUGUCUGUCUUUCCCAUUUUAAUUACUCUGCAAAUUUA